CUGAUGACAGGAGCGUAACUUUUUCUUCUCCUAGUUUUUAAAAAGAGGAAACUUUGAGGGGAAGAAGAAUGCUGUCAGACUUUUUGAUCCCUUUAAACUUUUAAUGGCUGGACAGGAGCGAUUGUGGCCCAGAAGAAAGGAGUAAGACACUUUUUUCUCUCUCUCUCCGUGAUCAUCCGUGUCCACCAGCCAGCCGGCCAUCAGAGGAAUGAGCGCGGGGGAGCAGGAGCGGCUGCGCGCGCUCUUCCGCGCCUACGACGUGGACAACUCCGGGCGCAUCGAGAGGAGCGAGUUCCUCACCAUCUGCGCGGAGCUGCAGGUGUCCGCGGCCGAGGCGGACAGGAUCUUUGAGCGGCUGGACGUGGACCAGGACGGAACCGUCAACCUGCAGGAGUUCAUCCACGGCUUCCACGACCGUUACGCAGAAGAGAUGGAGGCGGACGGGGGCGAGGUGUCCAUAGCGUGGGAGAACUUCGAGUUAAAGCUGGGCGAGCAGGCCAAGUACAUCCCCAGGCAUGAACAAGCAGCAACUUUGUACGAGAACAUCAGCCUGACUGAGCCCAGGCUGAUUCCUCAGUUUGAGAAAGUCAUCAUGAACUUCACCAAAGAGAUAAAACAGCAGAACUCAGAGAUGGAGAACCUGGCACUCGCUAUUAAACGAGCACAGGAUCAAGCAUCUAUGCAGCUCAGUGAGAUGGAGGAGGAGAUGGACCAACGUAUUCACGGUGCAGAGAGAAAAACACGAGAGCAGGAGAAGAGGCGAGCAGAGGCGGCCCUAAAUGAAUUACGAAGAUCUUAUGAGACUGAAGUCUAUGAGCUGCAGUGUAAACUCCAGAGGAUGCAGAUGAUAGAAGAAAAGUAUAAGAACAUCACAGUCAAAGACGAGAGCUCCGCUCUGAAGAAGAAAAUCAACGAGCUGACGCUGGAAAACCAAAGGUUAAAACAGGAGCUGCUGAAGUCUCAGACUCAAGUGGCUUUUCUGCAGAGUGAGAUGGACUCGCUGAAGACGGAGCUGACCGAUCAAAGCAUGAACUCAGAACGAGACGAGGAGCUCAUGAAACAGUUCUCUGAUGAACGAGACAUCCUGGAGAGCCAGAUUGAAAUUCUUCAGACAGCCAACAGGAAGCUCCAUGACAGCAAUGACGGUCUGAGGAGUGCUCUGGAGAAAGUAACAAGAUCCGGUAGUGGUGGCUCGCCAGGAGAAAUCAGAGAGAGAUUCAGAAGUAAAAGCAUCUGCUAUUCAUCCCCUCAUGCUUUACUAGAAAGGUUCAGUGAGCGCAUCAACGACUUGUCUCCGUUCAGCCGCCGGCCCAGCAGUGACACUCUGGCUCUGGCCAUCUGUGACCCGGGCCUGAGGCGCAGGCUCAGCAGCGACUGUGAGGAGGACAGCCUGCCUGAGGUCUCCGUGGACAGCGGCCUGUCGACUCUCAAACGCUCCCAUGAAGGCUACGACUCAGAGCAGGAGGUCAAGGGUCAGGAAGAGGAGAAAAAGGAGGAGUUGAAGAUGAUAGAGGAUGACAACAACGAUAGCUUGAUGGGAGAAAACUCGGACACGGAGCCGGCAGAGACAGUAGAUGCUGAGUCAGCGAUUGGGUCGGACACCAGCUCCAUGUUGGAAUGGAAACUGACGGACUCGAUAACCAUCCCUGCACCAAGUGCACCAACAACAAAGAAAUCCCUCAGUGCCAUCAGUGUUCAGAAACAGGACACCGACAGCCCUGACCUGGGCUACAUGACUUCCGAGAAGGCCUACAGGAUUGUGUUAGCUGGAGAUGCAGCUGUGGGAAAAUCCAGCUUUCUGCUCCGCCUCUGCAAGAAUGAAUUCCAACUCAAUUCAAGCGCUACUCUAGGCGUGGAUUUCCACAUGAAGACGCUCGUUGUGGACGGAGAACCUGUUUUGUUGCAGCUGUGGGACACAGCGGGCCAGGAGAGAUUCCGCAGUAUUGCCAAGUCAUACUUCCGGCGUGCAGACGGCGUGCUGCUGCUGUACGACGUCACCUGUGAGAAGAGUUUCCUUAAUAUCAGAGAAUGGGUGGACAUGAUUGAGGAUGUCUCGCAUGAAGAUAUUCCCAUCAUGCUUGUGGGCAACAAAUGUGACAUGCGAAAAGAAGAAGUUACCUGUGUUCCCAUCAGUUAUGGAGAAAAACUGGCCAUGACGUACAACACUCUGUUCUGUGAAACCAGUGCUAAAGAGGGCUCUAACAUCCUUGAAGCUGUGCUACAUCUGGCCAGGCUGGUAAAAAAGCACGCCACUUUUGAGGAGAAACGUCGCGGUCUGUCGCUGCCCAGCUUAGACGCUCCCAGGAAUAAACCAAAGCACCUCUGCUGCACCUGAUCUCACUCACCACACCUGGACCUCCAAAGCCGGACCAACCACAUCAACACAAGAUUAAUGAGGAACACAGAUGCAAAAACUGGGAAAAAAAAGAUUUUUUUUAGACACUAUGUUUUAUUAUAUCAGUAUAAACUUAUGUGAACUUUGUUUAUUUAGCAUAUUUUCCUCUUUGACAUUAAGAUAAAAACUACAAUGUAUAUCAGACUGCUUUUAGAAAACUCAGUUAAGUUUAGUGAUGCAAACACAGUGAUUUUUUUUGGCAGUGAAGUUUACAAAGGGAGUUUAAAAAUGAAACCGUAUGAAAAAUAAUUGCACAGGAUGGAAUUCAGAGGGUAAGCUAAUCAUGUUAUUACUGUGGAAAUAGUAGUAAGGUGAUGUAAUAUCACUAACCUGCUGGUGAAUUCUGCGGUUUGAGGACAUUUGUGGAAAUUAGUGAUGUUUUGAAAUAAUAUGGAGUGCAAUGAUGGCUGCAAUGAGGCAGAGGAUUGUGGGAAAACUAGCUACCAAGACAGUAUUACUUUUUUUUUUACAUAGAGUUUGUAAAUCUGAACAAUAAGUAGAUCAGUCUAAAAUAAGUAACAGAGUUAUAAUUUAAUAUUUUCCUCCAGAUAUAAUAUAUGCAGGUUAUUAUGUUUAAAUAAACUUACAAAUAAUGUAAUAUGUUGUAUAUUAAUUGUGUUAAAUACAUAUUUUAUGAAAGAUAAGUAUGGUUCAGUGGGAUUUAAAUAAAUAAUGUGGAUUUAAAUGUACAUUUAAAUCAUAUAUUAAACGUAUAAAAGAAUAAUAAAAUAAAAGUUGUGAAUCAAAGCAAGAAUAAAUGUUAUCUUAAAAUAUAUUUUGAUUUGUUUAUUUAUGACAACAGUUGAAGAAGAAGAAAUGUAUCCAUACUUUAAGAAAAAUACAGUAAAACAAGCAAAUUAACAAUUAAAGGACAGUUAGAAGACAUAGUUAGCUAAAAGCCCGUCUAAAUAAAAAUAACUUAAGAAGCUUUUUUAACCCUCAAGCUAUCUUUAGGGUAAAUAAAUAAAUAUUUUGAUAAAUAUAAAUAAAAAUAUUGAUAAUCCUUUAAAAUGCCUUAUUUUCUCUGUAAUUCUGGUGUCUCCCCAUCUAUGCUGCACUACAAAUAAACCGACCUUUGCCUGUUAUUUUUCCUUCAUUUGGUGUUUGAAGAUUUGUUGUUUUUCUGACAUUCAUGUGUUGUGAUGUGUUGUCAUUUUUUGACGCAUUGAGACACCACACGAGAACUUCUCUAGGUUUACCUGAGGGACAUCAUCCAUUGAUGCGAUUGGCUCUAAAAUGAGAAAAAAAUACACAGUUUUGAAAUAAAAACUGGUAUAAGUUGAGGAAAUAAACUUAAAAAAAUAAAUAAAUAAAUAUACAUUUUUUUAACAUAAUUUGCUGUUUUUGUUUUUGUCUUUGCAACUGAAAUCAUCUUAAAUUGUAGGAAGAAGUAUUCAUGUCCCACUCUGAUCAUUUCUCUAAUCGAAUGUAAAAACAUGGUCUUUUAAUUAUGAUUAUCCCAUUUAUGGAUAAAAUUAACUGUGUUUUUUUGUGUCUGCCUAUUAUUCAUGAUGAUGAAUAAAAGAAACUCUCAUAAAUUAUUUUUAACUUUCUUAAAUACAAAUAUGUUCUCCAUCAUUAAGAAAAAUGCCACAAAACAUGUUUAAAAAAGAAAUUAUUAUUGGAGUUUCCAAUAUUUUUGAAGGACAGAUUAAGUUGCAAAGUAUUAACUCUCAGUAUAACAUGUGAGGAUGGAAGUCUUUUAUUUUUUUCUGUAUUCUGAACCUCCGUAGAAGUUUAAAUGUGAGGUCAUGUCAUAAAACGGGCCUUUUCUCCUUGGUGGUUGCUCUAAAAGACCCCCCUGUCAGCCGUGGUUCCAGGGCGUCUUCAAACGCAGCACUUUGAAUAACUACAGCAUAUGUUGGGGAUUUUUUUUCUUCCCUGAGUGUGUAUAUGUUUAGAGCUGGCACAAUUGCCUGUCUGCACCUCCCAUCUGUUUACAUUGUCAUGUGCUUGAUGAAGCGAGACCACUCAUUUGUCAAGCAGCAUGUGGGACAGCGGAGACGAGGACGGUGUGUGAAGAGAAGCAACAGAGAGCUGUCUGUUGGAGAGUGUGUGUUCUCUGGUAGUAAUAAGAGGAUAAUUAGAUAAGCGGACUGUGCUGUCAAAAGGUUAAUGACAGUAAUGAACAUAUUAGUGUGGAGGACCUGCAGCAGGCUCUCUUUGCUGUUGUGCAUCUUGUUCAGAAGCUAUGAAAACCUGCAUUUAAUUUAUUAACUUCUGUCCUCGAGGGGUUUCUUCUCAAUCAAAAUUAAGACCGAAAAUGUGGUGUGCAUGUCUGGCAGAUGAACAAAACUCCUCAAACGUGCAUCACUCCUUCCUGAGAAAAAGACGGAUGAAUGAAAAGUCUUCCAUCAAUAUUUCUCCAAACAAAGCCUAAAAUUAAUUUAGGUCCUUGUGGCUCAUUUGUCAAACCUCAUCAGCAAAGAAACACUCACGAGAGGUGUUUCUGGGAGGGCGCCGUUUAUUGAGCGAGGGGGUUUGUCACCAUCUGGUAAGGUCAGAGGUCAAAUGAGGCCAUUUCCAAUCUGGGACAGCUGACUCCAAACCCCAGCGCCAGGUCAGACACGCGCAGACGCUCACACGGUUAUUCCUUACCCCUCAUCCCACCCC